UCAUACUUUAGUGGAUAAUAAUUCAACAUUUGAAGGUUAGGUAUUUUAAUUAGAAAAUAUAGGGAAAUAUCAGGGGCAGGGGCGUUUAAAAAAGAGGAAGGCCAAAGAAAACGGAAAAUAGAAAACUGAAAAUAAAAAAACGGAUACAGAAGCGGAAGGGCAAAGAUAGCGAAAUUUGCGUGAAGACGGGAGAGAUCUCAUUUCUCGUUUUCGAAGGCCCUCUUGACUCGUUUCGAUCUUUAAUUAGAAUUAUAAUUCAAUUUUCUAGCUACCUCAUUAAUCCUCAAUAAUAUUUCUACAACAUUAUUUCCAAUAACCUCAAGUACCCCUUCUGUAAAAUAUGGAGGAGGAGCACCAGCAAUGCCUGUUAUGAAUUUAAAAAUAGCACCAAGUGAAGCACCUGAAGAGCAUUUAACGUUUCUUUUUGGAAUUUUUAUGCUAAUUUCAAUGGCUGUAAUAUGCACUCUUUUUUUAAUGAAAUUGGCAAAGGUUAAUAGUAUUCAAUCAUCAACAUCAACGAUUCCUCCACGUCUAAGAUUUAGUACAAGAGAUUUUGCCAGAAGUUUGGCUGCUGUUGAUUAUUCGCUUAUGCUUUGUAUCCCACGUUCAACCAGCACAAAUUCAAACAUUUCAAAUAAUUCUAAAGUUUAUAAUGGUAGACGAUCAUUAAAUUGUCAAUCCCUAAAUCAACGUCAAAGACGUACACAGCCCCCUCUUGUUGUUCUGCUCGGUUCUUCCUUUAAAUGUGACAAUUUAUCUAAUCCAGAAAGUCUAAAAAAUUCAUCGAGAAAAGGCCGAAGUAGUGUUUCAAUUGUUUCUUCUAGCAGUAUGAAUACUUUACUUCCACAAAUAAAAACUUCAAAUUCAUUUACAAGUGACGGAAGACUAGCCUUGUUAAAUGCAAGUACAUCAAACAACAAUUUUUCUGCUGAAGUAACACCCCCGCCAUGCUAUGAGGAAUUGGAAGAAUUAAUAGAAAAUAAAGAAUAAAAAAAUAAAAAAAUUAAGAAUAUUAGAGAUUGAGCUGGACCUGGACAAAAGCCUGGGUUUUUCCUGUACUCAGAGUCCAGUUCCAGGCAUUUUUUG